UCUAAAGAUAGAUUUCGUCCACUUUCCGAGCCCCAAUAUAUUGGUGAACGAUCGAUUCCUCCUGACUCCACUCCUGCGCUUCCUCUUACGGUGCUUGACCUUUCCAACCUCGGAAUUGAACCCAUCGCCAGCAUGGACGCUCCUGUUUCCCGGGCUUCCUCGCGCCCACGCCCGUCCUCCAGGCCCACGACCCCCCUCCGACCCAGCUCUCGCUCAUCAUUCCGCGAAGGCCAUGGCUACGGAAGUAGUAUCGGCAAUACAGGCUAUUCCCAACCGGCUAUCAAUGCCUUGGAGCCCCAGUUUGCAGAACUCGCGGACUCCAUGGCCGACCUCGAGGCCAAUUUCAUGCACCUGCAGUUGAUGCAUGAGAGCUUGACGCGCUUCAGCGAAAGCUUUGCCAGCUUCCUGUAUGGCAUGAACAUGAAUGCGUUUUGUGUCGAUUUUCCCGAGGCUCCGAUUCCUGAAUCUUUCCGAAGAGCGAAGCUUGCCGAUGCACAGAAAGAGUUCGAGACGGAACAAACCCGACCUACAAUGGAUGAUGAAGCAACGUAUCUGACCACCGACACCACAUUUGUCGAACAUCCCUCCGCUACCAUCCCCUCGAAACCAACGCCCAAAUCGUCAGUUCCUUCGCGAACCACAAGGGGGUCUACGCGUGGCUCUAGUAGCGGUCGCUAUACCACACGGGGGACCAACCGAGCACGUCCCAGUGCGUUGCCUCGGGGCAGGGGAAUGCGAUGAGCGUAUGCGAUGGGACAGAGGUAUAAUUUGAAGGGGAUUAUAAACGGACUCUAGGACAAGGUUUCGUAGGCUCGAUAUUCGGCCUCAAGGAACCCACCUGCACUACCAGCAUAUUAGCGGUCAGAGCUGCUCUCAGCGCCGCUCUGCAAUGGACUCAGGCUGUAGAAGUGACGGCCAAACCGAUGUUGGACACCAGAGGCCGGAGCAUGCAGAGUCGCAGGUAUUGCCUUGAACCAGUGGCUGAAUUGACCGGAUAUUCGCUAUGCAAUUUGUAGCGACCAUUGUUUCAUUUCAAUCUAUAGAGGACUGGUUGCGCUUGUUUCACUCCGGUGUUGCAUGUAGUUCCAGGUUAGUUAGUCUUGGGCUCGAGGGCAUCGAUCGCCGUCCAUGGGACAAGUGGGCAAAUCCAGAAAUAAAUACAAUU